AUGGCAUCUCCACAGAAAAUCCGGACCCCGCUUACCGACCUGUUCGGCAUCAACCACCCGAUCUUGCUGGCUGGUAUGAACGUCGCCGCUGGUCCAAAGCUAGCCGCUGCCGUGUCGAAUGCUGGAGGCCUUGGUGUUAUUGGUGGCAUGAGCUACUCACCAGACAUGUUGAGGGAGCAGAUUGACGAGAUGAAGCAAGACAUGAAGGACAAGAACGCGCCUUUUGGCAUCGAUUUGCUCCUCCCACAAGUCGGAGGCAAUGCCAGAAAGACAAACUACGAUUAUACCAAGGGCAAGCUGAACCAAUUAAUCGACGUUAUCAUCGAGUCGGGCGCAAAGCUAUUCGUUUCCGCUGUUGGAGUACCGCCGAAGGAGGUCGUGGAAAAGCUACACAAGCAUGGCAUUUACUAUAUGAACAUGGUCGGACACCCAAAGCAUGUACAGAAGUGCCUCGACAUCGGUGUGGACAUCAUUUGUGCGCAAGGUGGUGAGGGUGGUGGACACACGGGAGAUGUUCCCACCACUGUUCUGAUUCCUGCCUGUGUCAAGGCAUGCAAGAACUCCAAGAGCCCGUUGACCGGCAAGCCCGUCACCGUCGUUGCUGCCGGUGGUAUUCACGACGGCAGCAUGCUGGCCGCUGCUCUCAUGAUGGGCGCUGAAGCUGUCUGGGUGGGUACCCGAUUCAUUCUUGCCGAGGAAGCUGGUGCACCCGAAGCACACAAGGAGUCCGUCAGGACCGCCAGCUUUGAUGACACCAUCCGUACGCUUAUCUUCACCGGCCGGCCGUUGCGCGUACGGACCAACCCAUACAUCGAGAGCUGGGAGAACGACAGGCGAGACGAGCUCAAGGAGCUCACGUCCAAGGGUGUUCUACCAUACGAGGCCGAUUUGGAAAAGGUCAUGAGCGGAAAUGCCGAUAAAAUCCCAGGUGCUGAUAAGCUGCCCCAAAACGAAGAGGACGACGUCGAUGACCUCUUGGACCAAUUCCGACCCUUCCUCAUGGGCAAGUGCGCCGCUUUAGUAAACGAGCAGAAGACUGCCAAGGAAAUUGUCGAUGAAUUUGUGAACGAUGCCUCGGCAGCACUGAAGAAGGGAUCUCAGUCGCUUGCCAAGCUGUAA